UUUUUUUGUUUUUUUUUUUCCUCCCUUUUCCCAUUCAAUUAUUAGGACCUAAUCUUAACAACCGACCCAUUCAGUCUGGUCUCGUGUUUGCAGCGACCUCCGGGCAUUGUUUUGAACCAUGUCUACCAAGCUUGCUCGCCAGGGAGGCGCGUUCCUCCAGCACCUCAACGUCAGCGAGGCUUUCUCGCGUCCCGCUCGUCAAAUGAUCUCUCAGACUCAUAUCAGACGUCUCUCCAUGUUCCCGCGCGGUCGCUUCGCUGGCCUUCUUGCCGCGCGUGCCCCCGUUUUGCGCCCAAGCUUGAUCAACACAUACGCGACUGCCGCCAAGACCAAGACUAAGACUACUAAGGCUAAGGAUUCCGAGCCAAAGCCGAAGGCCGCCAAAGGCGCAGCUGCUCAAGGAACCUCCAAGAUCCGAAAGGUGAAGGUUCAAGACAAGGAUGCGGUUAAAGAGGAGAAGAAGAAGAGCAAGCCUCUGUCCGAGGAACAAAAGAAGAAGGCACUCAGAAAGGAAAUCCGCCAGACCAAGGAGCUAUGUCUAACUCCGCCCCCCAUGCUUCCUCAGACUGCGUUUGGUGUGGCCCGGAAGGUCAUGUCGGAGACGGUUCAGAAGGAGCGGCGAGACCUGCGGGGCAUUUACAUCAACCUUGAAGCUAUUCAGCGGGCGAGGAACCUCACCGCCGAGGAAGAGGAGGGAUUCGCGCGCACCGCCGAGGAGAAUAAGGCGAAGAACGAGGAAGCCAUGGCCAAAUGGAUCAAGAGCUACACCCCUACCCAGAUCCGAGAUGCCAACAAGGCCAGGCGGAGACUCGCCAGACUGACCGGCAAGAAGGGAACCAAGCAUACAAUGCAGCUCGAAGACCCUCGCCUGGUUUCCCGCCCUCUGGUUCCUUUUGCUCAAUUCGUCAAGACCCAAAUGCAGGAAGACCUGGGACUAGCGAGCCUGCCCAUCAAGGACCGGAUGCGCCGCAUCGCCGAGUCCUGGAAGAGUGUAACGCCUGAGGAGAAAGAGGUUUACCAGCAGGCUUACAACGAGGACAAGGAGCGUUAUAUUCGCGAGUUCAAGGAUGUCUACGGAGAUGAACCCUCCAUCAUCGGAAAGGAGGCGCGCGAGUAAGGAGAUUAUCCCGCAUGGAUUAAGGAUGAUAUGAUAGCAAUUUUGCUAAGCAAUGGUCUCGGAGUGUCUACUAAUGGGUACUGGGAUGGAAUGGGUCUCCGAGCCAGGAUGAACUAGAGAUGUUUCCUAAACAAUGAUCGGUUGCUUUGGCCUCCGAUUUCAUGCCCUGUCUGUACCGCUUAUCUUGUCUUCUCUUGUCAAGCUUCAAUCGUGAGGGAUGGCACUUGUAUUGAUGACUCUUGUACUCUAUGAGAAGAACAGAAUGAAAGGUUGUGAAAUGAGAUUGGCUCCACG